AUGCCACCGCCGUCGAGCACCGGUCAGCGUGCAUUGCAGGGCCCGUUGGGCCAGCCUGGUGCGAGACAAAUGGAGCUGGAGCCAGAACUUUCUUUGGUGAUGCAGCAUGGGACUUCCGGAACAUCGUCGUCAGCUCUUCAGGCGUUACAAGCCGAGCCAUCUGUCAGCGAGACAGAUGCUGAGCAGACGCUUUACUUCCGGCCAGUGGAAGGCUCCAUGUCACAUUUCACGGUGCUUGGUCCUGGCAUGCCAUCGUUCGACUUCAUGAUGCAGCAGUAUGUCGUGCACUCCUCGGGGACCCGCUCGUUGAACUUGGUUCCGAGCGGGGAACCGGUCACCUGCCUGAUGUCCGACCUGGAUCACGACUCUGUGUCCGGGGCGCUUCAGGUGUGGCGACAAGGAGACGCAGACUUUGCUGUUUGCAGAGCCGAACACAUGCCAGACGAUGCCAAGGAGCUCUUGCUGCGACUGGCUUCAGCGGGUGCCUUCUGGAAUGAGAAACCAUUCUUUGUGGCACCGGACGAGUCUGGCAUGGACUGGCUGCUUGAGGCCUGCAGACGCGCCGAUUCGGCGUUGGACAUGAUGAACAUCACAGCUCGUGGCCGUGACUUUCUGGUGAUGACACAGGAAGUGAGCAGAGAACAUUCUCUGCAAGUUGGCAUGCUUCGCGGAGCUGGUGCCAAGGCCCCGUACGAGGAGUGGCAUAUAUACGAGCUCUUUUCAGAGGUCCUUAAAGCUGGGUGGAAGUGCCGGGCAAAUGCAGCGACGAACAAGCUGCAAGCCUACACGGGCGGACGGGCCAAGAAGGUUUUCUACUACGCGGCCGCAACAAGCCGCGGCGGUCUGAAGUCUACGUACCUCAUCAGUCUUCUCAGAGCCAAGGAACUGAUACAACGAGGUGCACCGGGCAUCCAUCAUUUUCAAGUCCGCGGCUACUACCAGGCCCUGCUGACAGUCCAAGGCGACAAGCUGAAGCACAUCAAGGCAAACCAGCCUCAGGCUUACUACCAGAUCUUGAUGCAGAAUGGCCCGCGAGCUGCAUCCGCGGCUGCAGAUGUGCAGCUGGAAGCCGAGGAAGGUGAGCGAGUACGG